AUUGUAUCCUGGAGACUUUAGAAUGUUAUCUGAUGUCACCUGAGUUGUAGCAAUACCAACUGCCUUUGGACAGUUGGUUCAGUGCCCUUACAGUUCAGCCAUGAACAUGUUGGGAAGACUCAGGAGUCUGUUGGGUCGAGAGAAAGAAGAGGGAAGAGAAACCAGAGAGAGGCAGACACAAGCUGGCCUUCAGCCAUUCAAACGUGAACCGUCAAGAAAGAAAUGGUCCAGAAGAUGGUACAGUAAGUUGUGGGCAGGAAAUUGGGAUGUCCCUGCAGGACCUGGACUUGAGCUGAAUAUUUCAGUAAUGGGACACAGGAGGUAGGAGUCUCUGGGAACCAACUGGACUUCCCUGCUUGUCAUGGCUCCUGAAAUUCAAGGAUUCCAGAAGAGUAAUUUGUCUGUCCCAGAAAUCAGGAGCGAGUAAGGCCAAAGCUGUUGUGCUGGGAGCUCUUGCCUUUCAAUCCUACAGGAGGGUAGGGGUUGAGAGGGGACAAAAAGGCCAGCGUUAGGGUAGGAAGUUCAAGUGAACUGUGCUCAGCAAAAAGCAGGUCAUCAAUGUACUUCAACCUCAGUGUCUUCAUUUAUUUACAGCCCACCAGCUCUAUGCACCCUCCUUUGUCACUGAGGCAUCUUAGUGAGGUUGGUGACCAUAUUUGGUCCCUGUGUGGCUUCUCCAUUUUUGCCAUGUGCUUAGAGUGACCUGUCAGGAUAUUUUUGCAUCUUUAAUGACUUGAGUGCUUGUGGACUGUGUCAAUUUUACUUGCAUUUGAAAGCCACAGACUAGUGAACCCUGUAGCCAAGUUGAAUGCAGAGUCUAGAGUUGUUAAUAAGCCUGAGGAGGCUCUCUCCUUAGUUACCUGAAGCAUGUGCUAAAGGAGCAGAGGAAAUCAGCUGGCUGAGACACUUAUCUCCUGUCACAGAGAUGGGAGACCUGAGAUGCCCAGCAGGGGCAUCUCUCAAUCUAGGGCAGAAUUCUUUGGGAUGCCACUGAAUUGCUUGCUUACAUCCUUUCUCAAACACCUUCUCAGGUCUCAGGGUGACCUGUUCAUUCUCUAUGUCUUGUCACAAUCCAUGUUCACUUGUGUUCAUUCAUCUACCCACAGGGGCCUCCAAGGAGCCACCAUCCACUCCAACCAGCCUCACAAAGAGACAAGUGAAGCAGAAGGUGGAGAGCCUGACCACUCAGCUCCGGGAGAUGACUGCCCAACGGAAUGAUCUGAGAGAUUGCCUCAUCUUAGUAACCGAAGGAUCCUUGGACAACAGGCCCUACCACAGGCCAAAUCCUUUCUGGGAAAAGCUCAAGAUGGAACAUCAGCAGGUCAUGUCACACCUGAAGAAGUUUGAGAAUGAGAAUUUGGAGGCCUCACAGAAGCUCAGUGAGCUGACCAAGGAGAAAGUCUUCCUUUGUGAUCUGCAGAGCCGGCUCCUGAUGGAGCAGAGUCAGCUCAAAAAGAAAUUGGACAUGCUGAGGCAAGAGAAGGAGAACCUACUGGAGGAUUGGGUCGUGCUGAAGCACCACUUGGGUGACUUGCAAGUGCUCAGUAAGGAUCAAGAAGAGAUCAGUGACCUCCAGAACCAACAACAGCAGGAGCAGCAAAGAAUGGAAGAGAGACUCCAGAGCUUGCUGAAGCAGAGGGAGCUGGUCACACAGCAAAAACACCUGGCAAUAAAGCUGCAGCAUCAUUUGACUGUCUCCCAGAUGAGCACCCUUUAAGAGAACCGAGAAGGAUGAAGGAAUCCAUAGGCAACCAGAACCUCUGACAUUCUCCACUCUAUGAUCAAGGCCUUCUCAGAACAAGAUAUGUACUACUAGUUGUAAAAUCACCGGUGAGGCAAAUAUCAUCUGCCCUGCAGGUCAUCCAUCCAUAAUCUGAUCCAUGUGUCUGCUGACUCACUAGUUACAGAGAAACCAUCAAAAAGAUGCUUGAGAUAA